AUGCUUAAAGCCAUCCUCAGAGGCGAAACUACGAAAUUGAGCUAUAAAGAAGCCCGAGAUGCGUGGAAUUGGUCUAACAAGUUUGUCCUAUCCAGCGAUAACAUACUCUACUAUGUGGGCCCAACUCGACGUAAGUCGGAAGAUGACCAACCAGAGUUAUCGUUGAAACUUGUAGUACCGACAACUAUGAUCCAAGAAUGGCUGAAGAAUUGUCAUGACUCUAUUGAACGAGGACAUGAAGGAGUCGUUCGAUCGUAUCAGAGGUCGUGCCUUGACUGUAGCUCGAGCAAGAGCGCACCGCAGCUCAAAGGCUACUCACCUGGUAACGUGCUAGCAGAACGACCAUUCCAAGUAGUAUCAAUGGAUUUCGUUAUUCCGCUGCCGAAGUCUCGUCGAGGCAAUACAGCCCUACUACUCUGGCAGUGCUCGUUCACUGGGUUCGUCAUUGCUAACGCAAUGUCAGACACUGAUGCGCUAACGGUGGCUACUGUCUUUGAAGAAUGCAUGUACCGAAGAUUCGGUGCACCUUCGUUGAUACGCCAUGACGCCUCGCCUCAUGAGCGAAGCAAGGUCACGAUCUACAUUGAGCUAUCGUCCACAAGCAAAUGGUCAACAAGAGCGCUCAGUGAAGACAGUCAUGCAGUCAUGCACGGCUGGGAUGCUCAUACAACUUUACGUGCCAUGACGACCUCGCUGAAGCGUGGUAUUGGUAAACAGUCAGAAGCAUUGGCCUGGAGACGUGAAAUUAACCGCCAACAACAAAUGGCGCUCGAAAUGGCUAAAGAAUACCAAGCCACUGAGAAAGCAAGACGGGCACGAGAACACAACGAAAAGCUCAGCCGUAAGGAGCAAGCGGCUUGCCCGCAGGAGAACACCGACAACUCGGGUGACGAUAAUUCAACCCCACAGUCUUUGUUCCAAGCAGGGAACAGAGUAUGGCUUUAUAUGGAGCGGGUCAAACCAGGAUUGGUUAAGAAAGUUGCCCAUAGACAAGAGUGGAUACCGAUUCUACCCAUGUCGCGACUGAAGGCUGUGAAUGAGUUUUGUGAUCGACCUAAGACUCGACUAGCGCAAGAUAUUACUGAGGAUACGCGACUGGAUUUCGACGAAGAACUAUUACCUGAAGACAGCUGGGAACCAGACACGGUUGCUGGCGAAUUCGAAGUCGAAGCGAUUGUCAAGACCGAACUCCGAUGUCAACGAGUACUGAUCGGCCGGUGCAGGAGUUUGAAGUCAAGUGGAUUGGUUAUGAAGAAACGACGUGGGAACCAGCAGCGAAUCGCUCUUGUGGUGGUCUCUUGUACGAUUACUUACGAAAUAAAAGGAGCGAAAAUCGACUCCAAAUGGUCCAAGUCGCUGAUGAAGACUAGUUGA